UACAUCUUCCCCAACUGUAACUGAGUCCUUAUUCCAAGGAAAUAGGAAGGUGUGAAACCAUGUAUUAACUCAGUAACAGGAUUUUGUAUAAACAUCUCCUUGUCGCCUCACCAGUGUCAUCAUGAAGAUCGGGAUGAAGAGGUUGGUGUACUUGCUGCUCCAUCUGAUUCACUGGAUUAGUUGUUCUCAGGAUGUUUGUGCCAGACUGAAGUUUGAGAAUGCCACACGUGACGUUCUUCAGGUGUUUGACAACGACCUCAUCAAUAUUACAUUUUACCUGGACACGACAAACUGCUCUGGGAAUCAUUCGUACAUCGUUACUGUGGCUAGUGGUGUGAAGAACGAUUUAAAAACGAUGGACAUUUGCAAAGUAAUAUUUCAGAAUGGAACCUAUAUGAUUUCUGAUAACAGUUAUUCUUGUCACUUGUGUAGUUCCAAAGAUAAAAUCAAGUUCUGUGGACAAGCAGGACUCCAGCUUACAAAACUUAUCUUCUCGGUUACAGCUGACAAUGUCAAGCAUGUUGAUACUGUUAUACAAGUCAACGUAACUGCAAGAAACGCAUCACUCCAUAAUGGUGAGAAAAUUUAUUUCUAUUGGUCUUUGUCCACAAAUGUUACCCCAAACACACUUUGUAUUAUGGUGGACUCUAGUGAUAUCUAA